GUCUACGCUAUCGCCGAUCUGCACGGCGACUAUGAUCAGGCAAUCGCUGCGCUUCGCCUCUGCGGGCUCAUCGCGGCCGAUGGGUCGUGGGCAGGCGGCAACGCGACUCUGGUACAGACGGGCGACCUGGUCGACCGCGGUCCUGACUCGCUGAAGGUGCUCGAGCUCUUCAGAACCCUGCGACGGCAGGCUGCGCAGGCGGGCGGGCGCGUCGUCACAUUGCUCGGCAAUCACGAGGCGCUCAACCUGGAAGGUGACUUC